AUGGCCCCCAACAAAGUCAUCAUUUUCGGCGCCACAGGGGCUACCGGCUCCGCAGCAGCCCUGCAAGCCCAUAACGAUGGCGCCGAGAUCUCUCUCGCCGUCCGAGACCCCACCAAGUCCAUCCCCACCCUAGCCGGGAUCCCGGCCCAAAAAGUCCAAGCGGAUCUCACCAAGCCCGACACCCUUACGGCAGCAGUCCGCCAGACCGGCGCAACGGUCGCAUACCUCUAUGUGAUCUUCGGCACAGAAGACCACAUGCGCGCAAGCCUUGUCGCCCUAAAAGAAGCCGGUAUCACCUUCGUCGUGCUACUGAGCAGCUUCACCGUCAGCGAAGACCCCAGCGCCGCGCCACCCUCCGACGCGAUCCCCUACCAACAUGGCCAAGUUGAGAUCUCGCUAGCUGAGGUCUUUGGAACGAAGAACUUUGUCGCUGUCCGACCUGCUUUCUUUGCAAGCAACGCACUUUGGUUCAAGGACGGGGUUGCGCAGGGUGAGGUGAGGCACGCCAAUCCGGAUGCGGAGUUCGAUUAUAUUUCGCCGGAGGAUAUAGGGUCUGUUUGUGGUGGCAUUCUGGCGAGGGGUAUGUCGUCGGAGAACGUUGUUCCGCUUGUUGGGCAAGAACGACUUACCAUUGCCGGUGCUGUGAACUUGAUUGGGGAGGUUUUGGGUAAGAAGGUUAAGACGACGAGGAUUUCGGGUGAAGAGAUGAAGGCGGGGAUGAUUCAGCAUGGGGUUCAGGAGCUUGCUGCGAGAUGGGUUGUUAACGAUGUCACAAUGAAUCCUGGAGCUUUUUUUAAGGAGGCUGGGUACCAGCAGGCCUUGGGGAAUGUGAAGAGGUAUACCGGGAGGGAACCGACAAGAUUUCGCCAGUGGUUGGAGGAAAACAAGGGUAGGUUUGAGGUCUAA